ACCCAACAUCAUCGUACCACCACCGAAAACCCAGAUAUGGGCGACUUUUUCCCCUCCCGCAAUCAGAGAAGAUACGAGUAUAACAAUAAUGAUGAGAGCACCGUGAGGCAGCCAAGGAGAAGGGGAAACGGGCGAAAAAAAUGCGGAAUGCCCAACAGGAGAAUGAAAAUGUUGAAAAUCAUAGGUGGUACGGAAGCUCAAAGGUACAAAUGGCCUUGGCACGUGGCUAUACUCAACCAGUAUAUGGAGGUCUUCUGCGGUGGCACCCUCAUCGCCUCUCGGUGGGUGUUGACUGCCAACCACUGCAUCCGGAGGUACCUCAGGGUCCGUCUCAACGCCCACGAUUUGCGAUCUCACGACGGACGCGACGUCGAGAUGACCGUCAGCAAGAUGUUUCCGCACCCGAAAUUCAAUUUUCGGACGGUAGACAACGACAUCGCUUUGCUGAUGCUCCCUAAAGCUGUGCGGACGCCGGUUGCUUGUCUGCCCAACAAGAUGCCGCGAACGAGGGAGCUGUGCUCCGUGAUGGGAUGGGGCAAGAUCCAUCCGAUGGACGUGUAUGGGACGAAUCUUUUGCAAGAGGCUAAGCUUCCCAUCGUCCACCCCGAUACCUGUAGAAAGUCCUACCGGCGGUUCCUCAUCAGCGAUAACAUGCUGUGCGCAGGGUGGGCCUCGGGAAGGGCAGACACCUGCGCGGGGGACAGCGGCGGCGGCUUGAUCUGCCCCUCGAGGAGGUAUAAGAGGAUCGUCUACAGUGUGCAGGGCAUCACAAGCUUCGGGGACGGCUGCGGCAGGAGGAACAAAUACGGCAUCUACACAACGGUCUACAAUUACGUCGGAUGGAUCAAUUAUAUCAUAAGUCACUAUUAGUGGGGAAUGUUCAAAAGGAUUGGUUCGAAUACGUCAAUUACCUACAGAAGAUUACAAGCACCCUCCUACACACGCAUUUUCAUUUCAACUUCGCGUUUGGAGUUUCGACUUUUGGGAUCUUAAUUUCGAGUUUUGUAAUCUGAAUUUUUUGAACCCUGAAUUCUAACCACAAACCUAAAAUUCCAACUCUUGAACUACAAAUGUGAUUUUCAACUAAGAACUAGGAAGUGGUACUUUUAAACUAGGUAUUGUCACUUGUAAACUGCGAACUGUAACUCAGAACUUUGGAAUUAUGAUUCAGAAUUGCGAUGAACAUCAGAAUUCCGAAUUUAGAAGUCGAAAUCUACUUUUAUAUUUUGAAUUCAGACAUCAAACUCGGGAUAUCUAUUUCAAAAUUUGGAGUUUAGACUCUGAACUUGGAAUUCUGACUUAUUUCAAUAUUAUGUACUUUCAUAACUUUUGAGCAGGCGUCACUUACCUAACCUUAUGAUAAUUUAGGAAUAUGAAGGCCAUACCAAUACUCAUUUUUUUUUUUUUCAACAUUAACACAGCGGUCGUGUGAUGAGUAUUGACGUUUUGUAGCAAAAUUUCAAACACUUUGUAACACAAUUUUCAAAGGGUUAGUUCUAAUAACGAUUUUUAAUAUUUUAUUAAAAUAUUAUGUAUAUUGAAUUUACAAGUGAUUGAUGAUAGAUUUUCCUUAUAUGAUAAUUGCGGUAUAAUUAAUACACUUUUAUAGCGGCCAGUUAUAGCUGGCAACUAUGGACUACUUUGAUCAUGGGGUUAUUGGCAAAAAAGUAUUACUAUUGACUUCUUCUCUUCUCUUUGCAAAUGAAGAGUUAUAUUGCUAACUGAAUUCUGAGUAAAGACAAUGAUAAUUAGUUUAUUUAACCUGUUUUAAACAAUUUAUGAACAUGAUAAAUUUAAUUAAUCAAAAAUUGGCUAAAAAAUCUAGUCAUAAUUUUGAACACUGUAGUUGAAGCUACACAUUUUAACGUGAAAUAUCCAUCACAGAAUGGUCAAUAUACCAGACCAUUAUUCCUUAACAAUUUAUAUUAGAAAUCAAAUUAAGGAUUGUCUCUACGGAAGGCAGGGAACAUAGCUAGAUGUAGUAUGACUGCCAUACUGUAACUUAUUAGUUUUAGGAAAUGAGCCAUAAUAUACUAAGAAUGCCUGUUUCUAUUUACCAUAUAGAAUUUUUGUACAUAUUUUUUAUAAUCUUCGGAUAUUUACCAUAAGAAUUCUAAUAAAUUAUUGUAAAAAAUCA